ACGCGAACGGUCACGUUUUUACUCGCUCCGCAGUUUAAAAUUCGUUCAAAGUGCCAAAAUUGUGUUAGAAAUACAAAUCAUAUACCAAAGUGUGCGUCUCAGUGCCCCGAAUCCAUCGGUGAAAGUCGCGUGAAAAUCCGUGAAAGUUUGGAAAAGUUAUCACGUGAAAACUGAAAUUUGCGAGGUUAAAAAAUCUUCAAGUGUAUGUAACUGUGAAACUAAAGCGGUAACAUAUAACUUUUUUUUUUAGUUUCAUUCGAGUCGUGCUGUCAAGUACUACAUCUGUGCAAAGUUUGAGAUUUUUCCGGCAAGGGGUUCCGGAUAAAACAAGGAGAAAGUUAUUUACCACGUGACACGUGGUAUUUGAUCCAGGCGAGUCCGGGUGGCGUCACUAGUGUCGUUCGAUUGGGGGCUCUGUCCCAAGUCUGCCGACACAUCGAUCAUCGUUCUGCGACUUCCUGGCGAAGAGUUGUGACGUAAAGAAGUUUUUGUGCGGAUGGUUUUUGAGUGAAGUGAACUUUGGACCCCUGUAACUUGAAAACUAAAGUUGUAACGUAAUCUUUUUAUAAUAUCAUCUUAAAAAACAAUCCAUCCCCGACAUUUUGAUACAUUUCCCAACUUCGAGCAAGGCCAGCAGCUAUCUUUAGUUUUAAUUUUAAUUUUAAGUGAUUCCGAGGUCAAUUACCACGUAACUUUGUCGUCCAAAUUUGACAGGUUCCAAGGGUCGGAUCCCAACCAAACUAGUUUUAAUAUCAUUUUUUAGUGUCUAGCUUCCUUUUUGUGCAAAAAUAUUUUUAAAUUAUUUAAUAUUUAGAGUAGUCAAUUUCACUUUGAAAUUACGUCGCAAAACUUUCACCCCUAAUAAAAAAUAGUUUCCGUGAUCCAAUUGCUUUGAAAUUUGGUGUGUAGUUAGAUCCCGUGGGGCUUACACCUCACCCUGAUUUUUAAUUUAUAGAUUUCAUGUAACUUUUUAAAAUACAAAGGGUUGAAAAUUCGAGAAAACCGUUAAGGAAAAGUUUUUCCGAUUUUCACGGAAAACGGCUUGUAGGAUAGGCGGGGAUCUCCCGAUUACAGUGAUACCAUUUUUAUAUGUUUAGGACUUAGGACAACGGAGAUAUUAGCCAUAGCAUCUUUUUAGUAUUGCGCAAUUUAAACGUUUAACCCUUAAUUUGAUUUUGUUCACUGUGAGAAACAUAUGAGAAAAAAAAUGAUUUCGUUAUAUUUUUACACCAAAUUCGUAUUUUUUGUGAUAUUAUCAUACCGUAUAUAAUAUUUUUUAAUAGUAAAAAAAUAGUCUACGCACCUGGCAACACUUUUACUUGUCAUUGUCAAAGCAAAAUGUCGGCGCCUCGCGGGUCGUCUAUGUUCCGCAAGCAUACUUUGCAUGGACGCACGGCAAAAAUAUUGGCGCUUGUGCCUAUACAGCAUGCUCCCUCAGAUACCAGUGAUAGGUCCGACAUGGACAAUGAAUUGGCAGAUCUGCAUACUCCAAGUUUAGCUUCAUCAUCAGCACCAUCUUUAGAUUCAUCUUUAGAGCGAAUGCAUAUUUUAAGCAGUCCUGAACCUGAUGCUGAAGAUCUUGACACUGGGGACGAUCCACCUGAAUUUGAUUUUACAGAAACAUCAUUGCAAUUGACUCCAGUUCUACGUCAAAUUUGCCCAGCUACACCGACUAGAGAACCGAACUACGAGAACAUACCUUCCUUAUCUUCUAUACCAUCUCUUCCGUCUGAAGCCCCUUUAUCAACUCCUGAAAGUGCUACCAGGAAAACUCGAGCCCAAAGGCACAUUACUCCAGUGCUGGCUAAAAGACAAAAGAAAGUUCCGAAAUUUGUACUAACCUAUAAAUGGAAAAAAAGCGUCACCUUCCGUCACCAAGCUACAAUUGAAGAAAACCAAGACCAUAAUAUAAUGAAUGCCUCUUUCCUGCCCACUGCAGAUUCCCUAGAAUAUUUUAAUUUAUUUUUUUCUUCAGACAUUGUGACCGAUAUUACCGUACAGUCAAAUCUAUACUCUGUUCAAAAAACUGGCAAAUCUAUUCAAGUGACAGAAGACGAAAUGCGUGAUUUUAUAGCUAUCCAUAUACUUAUGGGUAUUGUCUCAAUGCCUAGUUACCUAGACUAUUGAAGCAGUAGAUUCCGGUAUGCUCCGAUAGCAGAUCUAAUGAGUUUAAAACGCUAUCAACAGAUUCGUAGAUUUCUACACUUUGCUGAUAAUAGCUUAGAAGAUACUGAUAGAUGUUACAAAGUAAGACCAAUAGCAGAAAAAAUAAGAAAAAACUGUUUGCUGCAAGAAAAUGAAAACAAAUUUAGUAUAGAUGAGAUGAUGAUUGCUUAUAAAGGAAGAAAGGCAGGCAACAGAAAGCAGUACAUGAAAGAUAAACCCAACAAGUGGGGAUUCAAAAAUUACGUGCGAGCUGGAGUAAGUGGCAUGAUUUAUGACUUUAUCCUAUAUGGAGGAGAAGAUACAUUCCGUUUUCAUAAAUUCACUGAACAAGAAAUUUCAAUUGGGUUUGGGGCACAAAUUGUAAUAGCUCUGUGUCAAUCUAUUCAAAGAAAGCCAGCCACCAUAUUUUGUGACAAUUUUUUUUCAUCGCCUGAGUUAUUUUAUAUUUUAAAAGAAAAUUAUGGCGUAUUUGGUUUAGGUACGAUUCGUAACAAUAGAACCAGGGGAGCUGGAUCUAUUUUGCCUAGUGAAAAGGCAAUGAAAAAGAAAAAGAGAGGAGCUUAUUCAAAGGUCGUAUGUGACAAAACCAAGCUGGCUCUCGUUCGCUGGAACGACAAUAAGCCUGUCACCCUGAUAAGUUCAUUUGUUGGAUGCACACCUGUGCAUAAAAUAAAGAGAUAUUGUAAGGUAGAAAAGAGAAAGUUAGAUGUUGACUGUCCUCAAAUAGUAAGGGAGUACAAUAAACAUAUGGCGGGUGUAGACCUGGGUGAUAUGUUAGUAUCUCUUUAUAAAAUACCGUUCAAGUCUAGAAGAUGGUAUCUAUACUAUUAUUAUAAAGCUGAAGAGUUUGUUUGUUUGUUUGUUUGUUUGUUUGAACGCGCUAAUCUCAGGAACUACUGGUUAGAAUUGAAUUUUUUUUUUUGUGUUGGAUAGACCAUUUAUCGACGAAGGCUUUAGGCUAUAUAACAUCACGCUGCCACUAUUAGGAGCGAAGAAAUAAUGGAAAAUGUGGAAAAAACGGGGUAAAUUAUUCAUUCUUGAGGGCUUUCGUUGCAUGCGUUGCGAAAACGAUUCAAGAUACCAAAAAUAUAUGUAUGAAAGAAUUAUUCCUCUUGAAAUGAUCUAAAAAAAUGUCCACGACAGUAUAUAUCUAUCUUUUAAGAUUAACACACUAGAACCGUUUUUAUAGUAAUAAAAUUUGGUCGAAAUUAAUGCAUUAUUGUAUCAACGUAAUAAUACAAAUCUUUAUCCAAAUAAAUGUGUUGUUGAUUAAGAUUAUUUAACUGUGAACAAAAUUGUCUUUGACAUCACUUAAUUUCAAUGAAUAUCUUAGAAGAUAUUACAAUUUUAAAAUAACACCGAUAUAAAGUUCACCCGCGCGCCGCAUGAAGUGCAAAACAUAGGAGAGGCGUCGUUGCUUGCGAGCGACGCGGAGGGAGCGGGGGGGGUGUAGCUCUACGAGGUACCAUGCCGCGCGGCUCAGACGCGCGGUCGGCUCCCUUCUGAACGGUUGUAUGCAGCGUUAUUUGUUUUUGCGGAAUAAUAUCGUCGUGUAAUAAUACUUUUUAAAUACUAUUUCAUUUUGUUUUAAGGAUAAUAUUUUGCUUCUAAUAAUUUCACAAUUAUCAACAUUUUUUUUAAUUUUGAUGUAGUAAG